AUGGAAAAUCGAGGUCAAAAAAGAACUGAAGCAGUAGAUGAAUGGCCGGCUGAUAAGCGUGCUUGCAGUUCAUCUGAAUUUAGGCCUAGUACCUCAAACUCCUCAGCCCAAACGCCAAUGAGCUCAUCCCACGAUGCUGACAUGGACACAUCAUCAUCAACUUCUGGGUCAACUCGAUCCGAGGGAGAUGGCGAGAAGGACUCCAUGUAUGGUUCUUGUGAUUCCGAUAGCAGUAUCCGAGACUACUAUAGAAGGCGAUCAUGGGGCGAUCAAAGCAAAUUUAAGAAUGUGUUGUCAAGAUUGAGUGAGGAGGUGGACGAAUCUGGGCAACUGGCUGCCCUCACUGAGCUUUGUGAAUUGUUGUCCUUUGCUACUGAUAGUUCAUUAUCUAGCUUAAUGGCGGACUCGUUUUCUCCUAUACUUGUGAAGUUGGCUAGGCAAGACAGCAAUCCUGAUAUAAUGCUCUUGACAACAAGAGCAAUAACUUAUUUGUGUGAUGUUAAUCCUCGGUCCUCAGGUUUUCUCGUUAGACAUGAUGCAGUUCCUGUCCUUUGUCAAAAACUAAUGGUGAUUGAAUACUUGGACGUGGCCGAGCAAUGUUUGCAAGCAUUAGAGAAAAUUUCUCGUGAACAACCCCUUGCUUGCUUGCAAUCUGGUGCAGUCAUGGCUGUUCUAAAUUAUAUCGAUUUCUUUUCCACAAGUAUGCAGAGGGUCGCGCUUUCGACUGUGGUUAAUAUAUGCAAGAUAACCACUUCCGAGUCUCUUUCGCCUUUCAUGGAAGCCAUUCCUAUUUUGUGUAAUCUUCUUCAGUACGAGGACAAACAGCUAGUUGAAAGUGUGGUCACUUGCUUGAUUAAGAUAGGGGAACAAGUUUGUCAUUCAUCAGAUAUGCUGGAUGAAGUUUGUCGACACGGGCUGAUUCAGCAAGCUUUGCAUCUCAUAGACUUGAAUAGUCGUACUACCCUUGGUCAACCAAUAUAUGUUGGUUUGAUAGGAUUACUUGUCAAGUUGGCUUCGGGCUCUGCUGUUGCUUUCAGGACACUUCUUGAGCUUAAUAUAAGCAGCAUUAUAAAGGACAUUCUGUCCACAUAUGACCUCUCUCACCAUGGAAUGCUGUCUACUUCUGUAGUGGAUGGUCAUUGCAGUCAGAUGCAUGGAGUAUUGAAGUUGUUGAAUGAGCUUCUCCCCACAAUAACCAGAGAACAGGAUAUUGAAGUUCAUCUAUCGUCAGACAAGGAAGCUUUUCUUAUGGAGCGACCUGAUAUAGUUGAGAAGUUUGGAAUUGAUUUGCUUCCUGUUUUGAUUCAGGUGUUGCAUUCUGGUGUGGAUGUGUAUAUAUGUUAUGGUUGUCUAUCUAUAAUCGGCAAGUUAGUUUCUUUGAGCAAAUCUGACGUCCUUCUUACUCUACUGCAAACUGCCAACUUUUCAAGCUUUUUGGCUGGAGUUUUUAUGAGGAAGGAUCCUCACGUGAUCCUUUUAGCCCUUCAGAUUGUCGAUACAGUUCUGCUGAAGCUCCCUCAUGUUUUCUUGAAAGCCUUUACCAAGGAAGGUGUCCUUUUCACUAUUUAUGGUCUAUUUUCACCAGACAAGUGUUCGCAGUUCACGUCUUCCGUGUUUGAUGGAAGGAGGUUUGCAAAAGAUGAAAGUUCUUGCAAGCUUCAGAAAGAUGCCGUUCAAAAUCUUGCAAAGCAUGUAUGGAACAAUCACUUUUCAGUGGAAUCACCAAACCCAGAGAAAGUAGUCACCAAUAUUCUUCAGAAGCUCAGGUCCUUAUCAACUGCAUUAACAGCCAUGUUAAGUAAAUCCGUGAAUGAUGUAGCUCCCACACAAGAGGAAGAUGAAAUAUACAAUUUACUGCAUCAAAUUAUGUUAGAUCUCAAUGGUAAAGAUCCCAUUUCCACUUUUGAGUUUGUUGAGAGUGGAAUCGUGAAGGCACUAGUUAAUUACCUAACAAAUGGCCAGCAUCUGGGGGGUAAGGCAGAUAAUGGUGCAGUUGAUCAACUGUAUCUUAUAGAAAAAAGAUGUGAGGUGUUUGGAAGAUUAUUGUUGUCCUUCUCUGAUCCAUCUUUGGAGGAAUUCCCACUUUUGACACUAGUGCGAAGAUUACAAAGUGCACUAUCUUCUAGUGAAAGUUUCCCCGUCAUCUUGAGCCAUACGGCUAGACUGAGGAACUCAUAUGCCACUGUUCCAUAUGGGCGUUGCACUUCAUACCCAUGUCUCAAAAUACAGUUUGUGAAAGAAGAAGGGGACAUUGUUCUGCGUGAUUAUACUGAAAGUGUUUUGAAUGUUGACCCCUUUGUACCUUUGGAUGCUAUUGAAAGAUAUUUGUGGCCGAAACUGAAUCCUAGGAAAACAGAGGAUCUAAAAUCCAGAUCUCGUGCUUUGAAGGAGAAAGGAAGCUCGAGUUCUCAUUCUCUGUCUGAUUCACCGUUGUCUUCACCUGAAGGAACAUCCAGUUUUGAACUGAGAACUGUGACCUCAGGAGAAUUAACUGAUUUUCAUACAGAAUCUGUAGAGAAAGAACAGCAUUGUCCUCUUGAAGAGGAUGGGAGUACAAAUACAGAUCAUCCAGGACAGUUUGAUAAAGAAGAUGUUUCACCGAAGUUGUUAUUCUACUUAGAAGGGAAGCAACUGGAUUUCACAUUGUCACUGUAUCAAUCAAUACUCAAACGACAGCUUGAAGUGGAACUUGAUAACAUCACAAGUGCAAAAUUGUGGAAUCAUGUAUAUAAAAUAACAUAUAGAAGAGCUGUGAAAUCCAAAAAAAGUUAUGAUGAACAUCAUCAUAAUGUGGCUCAAUCUUCUUUGUCUAGAAGAGUCUCAGUCUGUAAUUGCACUCCGUUUUUCUCUGGCAUGCUUGUUCCAGAAGUUGAUGUGGAAAGAUCCAGUGCGGCUUGUGAUGUAUUGUCCCUUCUUAAAAGUUUGGAAGGAAUAAACAGGUUCAGGUUCCAUCUGAUGUGUUGUGAAAGAAUAUCGGCUUUUGCUGAAGGAAGAACUGAUAACUUGGAUACGUUAAAUGUAGCAGUUCAUGGUGUAUCCCAAAAUGAAUUUGUGAACAGUAAGUUGACAGAAAAACUAGAACAGCAGAUUCGGGAUCCUAUGGCUGUCUCUGUUGGUGGCAUGCCAUCAUGGUGUACACAAUUAAUGACAUGGUAUCCUUUUUUAUUUGGUUUUGAAGCAAGAUGCAAGUAUUUCCGUCUGGCAGCAUUAGGUCGAUCGCCAGUUCACACUCAAUCAAUGUCUCAUAGUAACACGAGAGUUUCAAGUGGUAGGCAGCAUAAUAAUGGAAACUUUCCUCGUAAGAAGUUUUUAGUUCAUCGGGAUAAGAUUCUGGACUCUGCUGCCAAGAUGAUGGACCUUUAUGCCCAUCAAAAGGUUGUCCUGGAGGUGGAAUAUAACGAAGAGGUGGGUACUGGCCUUGGUCCAACAUUGGAAUUCUAUACAAUGGUUUGUCAUGAGUUUCAGAAAAGUGGCUUGGGUAUGUGGAGAGAUGACCACAUUUCACUUGAAUGCAUGAAAAGCUCGGAGGCUGAGGAUUCUAAAUUUUUGGUGUCUCAUUUUGGACUGUUCCCUCGUCCUUGGUCACCUUCAUUGAGUAUGUCAAGCGGCAUAGAGUUUUCAGAAGUGAUUAAAAAAUUUGUUCUUUUGGGUCAGAUUGUUGCAAAAGCUCUUCAAGAUGGAAGGGUUUUAGAUCUUCCCUUCUCGAAGGCAUUCCAUAAACUCAUUCUGGGGAAGGAACUUACAAUGUAUGACAUCCAGUUGUUUGAUCCCGGAUUGGGUAGGGCUCUCUUAAUGCAAUCUCCCCAAAAUUGGUGA